GGAAGGCCCUCGGGAAGCUUGAUGACGAAGCUCUCGAGUCAAAAAUCCUCCGGUCCUCCCUUACUGCCUGCAUAGCCCUCGGAGAGCAUGCCAGAAGAUUCGACGAGUGGCGUCUCCAGAAGACGCAACAGGAUGAGUCAAUGAGAAAACUCAUCCAUGACAAUGCCGAGGCCAUGAGGCAAAUGGCCCAGCUGGAAGGGGACCUUCAGCAGGUGAGGGCUGCAGCGGAGAAGGCAGCCAAGGAGAAAGCUGAGGUGGAGAAGGCUGCUGCUGAGGCCGCAAGGAAAGCUUCUGAGGACGCAGAGGCCGCCAAAGCAGAGGCCGUCGCCGGUGCUGUUGCUGCCUUCAUGGCCGAGGGGUGGAAGGCAGAAGGCUACAAAGAUUGGGUGGCCUCGGUCGUGGAGGGGUCCGCCGAUGGGUGGGUGAAGGGCCCUGGGGCGAUGUGGCUAGCCCGAAAGGGCGAAGAUUAUUAUGCUGGGGGGUAUUCUUCACCCAGGCCCUGAUUUACAGAAGGCUUGCACGGCAUCUGAAGAUCGAGCCGAAGGCCUUCGACCCGGCGGCAUAUGGCCUCCCCCCCUCCAACCAGAUAUCAGAGUCCCCCUUCCCGAGGGCGUUGAAAGGCCAGAAUUGGAGGAUUCUGAGCUUUUGAAGGAGGCCGAGGGAGAUGAAGCAGAGGCCGGCACAGAGGUCGUUUCAAAGCCCGUGGAAGAGGCUGCCACCGGGGCUGAUAAUAUCUAAUUUGUACUUAGCACAUUUCGAACAAUUUUGUUGUAACGAAUAUUUGUAUGCUCUCGGCCUCGGCCGUUUUGUAAUAUACACUUUAACUCUUCCAUUCUUCUGAUGAAUGAAUACCUGCCUUCAGGCUUUUUGUAUAUA